UCUGUUUCAAUAACACGGUAUUCAGAAUCAAAUCGGUUUGACGACGGUUAAAUUGCGCAUGCGCAGAAGGCAGUCAUAUGCUGUUGUCAUGAGACGGUUUGUAAUCGAUGGUAGUGAAGUUUAACCGGAAACAUGAAGUUUUCGCUGUUGUUUUUUGGGUUAUUGUGUGUUUGUGUCUCUGUGAGUUAUUCCACAAAUCCAAUCCAGACUUUUGUCAUCCCUCACAGUCACAUGGAUGUCGGAUGGGUUUACACAGUCCAGGAGAGCAUGCAUGCUUAUGCGGCGAACGUGUACACCACCGUUGUGGAGGAGCUGACACGAGUUAAGAGUCACAGAUUUAUCGUAGUUGAACAAGAAUUCUUCCGACUGUGGUGGGAUACCACAGCAUCUCAGUGGCACAAGACACAGGUGAGGCAGCUUGUGCAGGAAGAGCGUCUGGAGUUUGUUAUUGGCGGUCAAGUGAUGCAUGACGAGGCAGUGACGGAUAUUGAUGAUGCCAUCCUUCAGUUAACAGAGGGACAUGGGUUCUUGUAUGAAACAUUUGGUGUUAGGCCUCGCUUCUCCUGGCAUGUUGACCCCUUCGGUGCCUCUGCCACCACUCCAGUCCUUUUUGCCCUGGCUGGAUUUGAUGCUCAUCUCAUCUCUCGUAUUGACUACGACCUCAAAGAUGAGAUGCAAAAAAACAAGAGACUGCAAUUUGUGUGGAGGGGAUCAUCCUCCUUAGGGGAGGCACAGGAGAUGUUUACACAUACAAUGGAUCAGUACAGUUACUGCACACCAUCAUACCUCCCCUUUUCAAACAAGUCAGGGUUUUAUUGGAAUGGAGUUGCUGUGUUUCCAGACCCACCUAAAGAUGGCGUGUAUCCCAACAUGAGCCUUCCAGUUACAAAGGACACUUUGGAGCCCUAUGCUCAAACCAUGGUGACCAACAUUAAACAAAGGGCCCAGUGGCUCCAGACCAGUCAUGUUCUCUGGCCUUGGGGAUGUGACAAGCAGUUCUACAAUGCCUCAGUGCAGUUCACAAAUAUGGACAUGUUAAUGAAUUACAUCAACCAGCGUAGCAAGGAGUUUGGUGUGACUGUCCAGUAUGCCACAGUUAAAGACUACUUCCAAGCUUUGUACCAAUCGAAUAUGUCCUGGGAGGUGAGGGGAAGCCAAGAUUUUCUCCCCUAUUCCACUGAGCAAUUCCAGGCAUGGACAGGAUUCUAUGCCUCCCGAAAUGUUUUGAAAGGAGUUGCAAGAAGAGCCAGUUCCCUUUCCCAUGCUGCAGAGUCUUUGUUUGUGCGCUACCGGAUCAAGUACCCUGAUGGCCCUGUCCAGAAAGAGUGGGCCAUGAGCAAACUCAAAGCCAUCAGAUGGGCUGUCUCUGAAGUUCAACAUCAUGAUGGUAUUACGGGCACAGAAUCACCAAAAGUGGCAGAUAUGUACAUGGAUCACCUCAUGCAAGGGAUGAUGGGCGUGCAAGAACUUUUGGCAGCCAUGUUUCUUCUUCCUCAAAAUCCGGGCAUUCCUAUCAACUCAUUAAGCCCAGAUAAUACAGAGUUGUCAAAGGAUCUUGAGCAGCACAUCAUUGUGUACAACCCACUUGCUUGGAAUGUUACAACAUACAUCAACAUUUCGGUGAAAUAUCCUAUGGCACUUGUGUUCGACGAUAAUGGGAACGCAGUUCCUGCUCAGAUCCAGACAUCUGCUGAGUCAGCAGAUGAUUAUGACCUUUUUAUUGUGGUGGAACUGGGUGGACUUCAAUACAGAAAAUACAGUAUUCAGUUCCCACAGUCAAAGUGUAACAUUGGUACUACCUGUGGACUCACUUACAUAGCGAGGGUGGUGAAUUUUAAGAGACGGCACGUUAGCGAGUGGAAGAAAAAAGGGAGAUUGCUCUUGCCUGUGCUGAACGAUUGCUACGUGCUGCUGUUCGACCAGGAGACAAAUCUUCUACAUAGUAUAAAACUCAGACAUGAGAAGAUGACCGUGAAGAUACAACAAGACUUUUGGGAAUACAAGGCCAAUGGAGAUGUCCACGCUGGGCCUAUCUCAGAUAACUAUGUCUUUACUGUCAAUGAUACUGUCCCUGGGUACAAAUCUGUCUCAAUGCAAAUAAUACCAGGGAAAAUCAUUUCUGAAAUACGUCAGUACUUCUACAGGGAGGAAUCUGAUAAGAACCACACUUACUCUGUGGUCACCCGGGUGCCACUGGGCUUCAGUGACAAGUUAUUAUGCCAGAGAUUGGAUCAGAGCUAUGAAGUGGGCCCUCUACUGGUGAACAGAGAAGCUGUACUCAGAACCACCACCAGUCUGACUAACAACAAGACAAUAUAUACUGAUAAUAACGGCUAUCAGAUGAUGAAAAGGGAGUACAAGAAGUAUACCAACAAUACAUUAUCUAGAAACUACUACCCAAUGGUACGAGGAGCAUACAUUGGAGAUGACAACAGCAGAUUGGUGCUUCUCAGCGAGAGAGCGCAUGGAGUAGCUAGUCUCAGCCAGGGCCAGAUAGAGGUGAUGCUACAUAGGCGGCUUUGGAACAACCAGGAGUGGAAUCUGGGAUAUAACUUGACCUUGAAUGAUUCCUCAGUGGUUCGGCCAGUUCUGUGGAUGAUGGUUGGCUCUCCUGCUGCAAUGACCUCUAUCUAUCAGCGGGCAGCAUUACAGCUACAGCAUAGGCCAGUGGUAUUAGCUAUAGACAAACCUGAGAAACCAUGGAGGAGGAGAGAGCGCAAGAAUGGACCCACUGUUCAGCCUGUAGUUUUGCCUCAGAAUCUCCACCUACAGUAUUUCAGUAUACCUGGUUGGAGCUACAACCCAAAACACGCCCAGCACCUGCAGGAUCUUAACUUUGGUGAAGAAAAAGCAGCUAAAUCAGACUUUGAUUGGGUUCUCUUGAGGAUUGCUCACUUGUAUGAGAAAGGAGAGGAUCCUGCUCUGUCCCAACCUAUAACCAUCAACUUAAAGGAAGUCAUGCAGGGAAUCGGGGAAAUAAAGGAAGUGCAGGAACGUUCCCUCACAGGAACCUGGAACAUCACAGACCUUCAGAGAUGGAGGUGGAGGACAACUGAAAAGGGAGAGAACACUGAGAGCACCAGCUCCUUUCGAGGUGUGACUGAGGACUUCACUGUUACCAUAUCACCCAAAGAGAUCAGAACUUUCUUGCUUUACUUUAAAUAGUACUCUGUAGUCUGCCCUUUCACUCAGUUAAAUCACAAAUUUGAGUUUAUGAAAACUUUGUGUUGUGUGUAAACUUUCAUUACAUCCCUGGAAAAGUUUCUUUUAACAUAAACAUUUUGUCUUUUUCUGAAAUGGCCAUUUUCUUAAACUCAGAUUCCUGGUGCAGCAAACCUUUAUGCGUCUUCUGUGAAGACAUAGAACUAGUUCUGUAUUACUUGAUUUGAUUUAUUGGUGAUCUUUUU